AGUCUCCCCAUGCACGUCCAGCCUAAAGCUCCCUGGGGCGUCCCGCCCGCUCCGACGAGCGCGAAGCCUCUCCCCGCAGUCGGGAGGCCGAGGAAGUCGCCCCCCCCCCCCCCGCUGGCUGGCUGUCCCUCCUCACAGUAACGGGGAGGGAGCCGCCUUCUUCCUCCUCCGCCGGGAAAGUGGGGCCCGCCGGCCUCCCGUGGCUUGCUGCUGAUGCCAAGGUGGUCUCGAGGCUUAAUAAGGGCUGGCACAAAUCUCCCCCCCCCCCACACACACAUUCAUUCCUGUCCCUGAGCCGGUCUUGUCCCCAGAAGCGGGUCUCCGCGGGUGCUGCUGCUGCUUCCCCAGACACCGCCCGCCUGCCGUUGUGUCUUCUUGAUCUCCCUGGAGAGCAGAGUAUCUAGAAGAAUUUCCUGAAACGGAUGAGCCAGCAUGGAUCUUGGGGAGGCAGCACCACCUGAAAACAGAGAAAUCCAAGCUUCUUUUGGAUAUAAGUGCUCGUCUUUGGUUCACCUAUAGAAGGAAAUUUUCCCCAAUUGGUGGUACAGGCCCUUCCUCAGAUGCUGGCUGGGGCUGCAUGCUGCGAUGUGGCCAGAUGAUGUUAGCCCAGGCUCUGAUCUGCCGACACCUGGGGAGAGAUUGGCAUUGGAAGGAACAUGAAAAACAGCCAGAAGAAUAUCACAAAAUCUUGCACUGCUUCUUAGACAGAAAAGAUUGCUGUUAUUCCAUCCACCAGAUGGCACAGAUGGGUGUUGGUGAAGGGAAGUCUGUUGGGGAAUGGUUUGGACCAAAUACUGUGGCCCAAGUGCUCAAGAAACUUGCGCUAUUUGAUGAAUGGAAUUCCUUGGCUGUUUACGUGUCUAUGGACAAUACAGUGGUUAUUGAAGAUAUCAAGAAAAUGUGCCGGUUUCCUUCCCAGAACUGUCCUGGUGCCCACUGCACUUCACUGCCGCACAGGAACAUGCUUAGCCGAAACAGGAACCCAGCAGGGUUCUGUUGUGGCUGGAAGCCUCUGCUUUUGAUUGUACCUCUUCGCUUGGGGAUAAACCACAUCAAUCCAGUCUAUGUCGAUGCUUUCAAGGAGUGUUUUAAGAUGCCACAGUCUUUAGGAGCUUUAGGAGGAAAGCCAAACAAUGCCUACUACUUUAUAGGAUUUUUAGGAAAUGAGCUGAUCUAUUUGGACCCUCACACCACCCAAGUUUUUGUAGACUAUGAAGAAAAUGGCACAAUAGAUGACCAUAGCUUCCAUUGCCAGCAAGCACCCCAUCGGAUGAAGAUCUUGAAUCUUGAUCCCUCCGUAGCAUUGGGAUUCUUUUGUAAAGAAGAAAAGGACUUUGAUAACUGGUGUAGCCUUGUGCAAAAGGAGAUACACAAGCAACAGAGUCUGCGCAUGUUUGAAUUGGUUCAAAAGCACCCUCCCCACUGGCCUCCUUUCAUACCUCCGACAAAGCCAGAAGUAACAACAACUGGAGCAGAGCUCAUUGAGUCUACUGAUAAACUAUUUGAACUGGAAGAAGAGUUUGAGAUCCUGAGUGUAUGAAAGAAGCCUCGGUGGACCUUGUGUGUGCCCAUGUGUAGCAUAUGACGGUGACUAAGAACACCCAGCCUUUCUUGCCCCCCAAGUGCCUGCACACAAACCCUGAACAGAGCACAAGAAUGGAAUCGUGCCUGGAGCUGAGGUGACAGUUCAAAAAGACCUUCUCAAGAAGGGCAGAGAGCAGAGUCUGGAUGCAGAUGGCUCUUUUGUUGUCGUUUCCCCCUGGAAUGUAUCUUGUCUGGAAAAAGAGAGAACUUUUUGAGACGAGAGCAAAUUGAAGUACAGAGACUGGGAGUUGCCUUGAUGGUGUCAAAACCCUGGAUGGCUUUUAUUGCUCCACAUAGUAUAAUGCAAUAGUUCUGCUCACGCUGGAAGCAUGAUUUUGAGGUAAGAGUGCGUUUACCUCUUGUUCCUUCACGUGAACAGUAUUGUAGGAAUUAAGUAUCAUUGUCUUGUUUUAAAAGAUCAACUGAAUCAGGAAAGCAAACAAUUGUUUUUGUUAAGUAUUUUAUCGUUUCUGCAACCACACUUCUGAAAAAACAAACAAACCCAAAAUUGUUUCUAUAAAAGGAACUGUCUAAUAGAUGCAAUGUUGUCGUUGUCCUCCUGUUUCUAGGAGAUACAUACAUGAGCAGGGGAUUUGGGGGCAGACCUCCAAUCCCCUGAGUAGCCUCUUUCUCUCUCCCCUGGCCCCGAAAAGGGGGGGGGGGUGCGGGAGGGGCUGUACUUGCUCUCCUUCUCCAUAAUGCUCAUUAUGGCAUAUUUCACCUUGACCUUAAGUUCAAAUCAUUAUUAAAACUGUUACUUUCAAGCAGAAUUUUUUUCAUUGUAUCUUAUUUAUUUUAAAAUAUAAACAGUUAGUUUUUUCCCCUGUAAGAGCACUUUACGUGUGCAUCUAAUAAAUUUCUUAAACAUUUAA